GCGCUGUCAGAUGAUGGCUGCGGAUCUAUGUUUGGAUCAGAAAAAAGCUCCGUACCGACUGUCACUGCUGUCCUUCAUGGAACCGCCGUCCUUCCCUGUUCAGUCCCAUUUAUAUCUGGCACAGAGGAUCUGCUGGUGUCAUGGGUGAAGAAGAUCGGCACAAAACCAUCCUUGGUGCUUCACGCCUUUCAUAAAGGACAAUUCAAUUUAACGUACCAGGCUCCUCAGUACAGAGGUCGCACCAACAUGUCUCCUGACUUGUCUAACGGGAGACUGGACCUGACUCUGACCCACGUGGAGCAUCGUGACGAAGGAGUUUAUGUCUGUCAAGUGACCAACCCUGCGGGUUACAAAGAUAUCGAGGUCAGACUGACGGUUAUUGCUCCAGUGUCAGAUCCGGUCCUGAGUGUCUCUUGCCGUCCGGAUGGCAGCGCUGAGAUCUCCUGCCGUGCCCAGAACGGAUCAGAUCCGACAUACUCACUGAGUGUGAAUGGAAGGAUAGAGCUGGAUUCCGUCCCCUCAGUGAGUGGGAGUGGAGUUAACAUCACCGUGUCCUCAGCCGCCCCGUGGAAUAUCAGCUGCUCAGUGAGGAACCGGAUCAGUGAGAGAAAUUCCAGCCUGAUUUCCGAGUCCUGCGCUGAGAGCGGAACAUCUGGAGGUGACCGAGGCCGCUUUGGGCUGUGGAUAUCCGUCGGGCUCUUUUGUACAGCGGGUGUUCUUCUAGGCUGUUACAUUUUCUAUCGCCGAAGAUCUUCAUCAGUUGAAGAAGUCAAGACUGUUAAAGAGGCUGGUAUGUGGGAGUCGCUGAUCACCCUGUUUGCCUUCACCAUGAGCUCAGAUUAG